CACUUUGAAAAGACAAAUCUGCAGUGGUGUUUAAGUACUCAACCUGUUGUUUCAUGGUCCCAAACUUAUUUAUGGACAAAUUUGAAAUUCUUCUUCUACCUGCUUAGCAUGGCAUAUGUAUUAAAGACACUCAACAGCUGGUUCUGGUGGGAGAGCUUAUGGAUACCUGCCAAUUGCACAUGGGCAGAUCUUGAAGACCACAAUGGCAUUGUCUUUCCAAAGCCAUAUCACUUAUAUGCCACGAUACCAUAUGCUUUUGUGAUGCUGAUGGUCCGAUUCGUGAUAGAAAGAUAUAUUGCCAUACCUCUAGCAAAAGCUUUAGGUAUAAAGAACGUAACACGAGUGAAGCCGCAGCCAAAUGCUGUUUUAGAGAAUUAUUUCCGAAAAUGCACAAAACGUCCAUCCCAAUCUGAGAUUCAAGGCCUGGCCAAAAAGUGUAACUGGACAGUUCAUUUGGUGGAAAAAUGGUUUAGGAGACGGCGAAAUCUUGAGCUCCCAACGAUGCUUCGGAAAUUCCAGGAAGCUUGUUGGCGAUUUUCAUUUUAUCUCGCAUCAUCCAUUGCUGGAUUUAUAUUUCUAUAUGAUAAACCUUGGUUUUAUGAUAUCUGGCAAGUGUGGGUUGGCUAUCCAUUUCAGUCCUUGCUAUCAUCCCAAUAUUGGUACUACAUGGCCGAGAUUAGUUUUUAUUGGUCUCUGUUGUUUACCCUUGGUACUGACACCAAAAGGAAGGACUUUAUGGCCCAUGUCAUUCACCAUUUGGCAGCCAUUGUUUUGAUGGCCUGUUCUUGGUGUGGCAAUUACGUUCGUAUUGGGACCUUAGUGAUGAUUGUACAUGAUACUGCAGACUUCUGGCUUGAGUCAGCUAAAAUGUUUAAUUACGCUCACUGGGAAAAAACCUGCAAUGUUCUCUUCAUCAUCUUCUCUGUCGUGUUCUUCAUCACAAGGAUUAUCCUUUUCCCGUUUUGGAUUUUACGUGGCACAUUAUAUCUGCCUUCAUAUUACUCCUCAACAAUGGUCAUAGCGUAUUUCAUCUUCAAUGGGCCGCUUCUAAUUCUGCAAGGACUCCAUCUAUACUGGGGCUACUUUGUUCUCAAAAUUUUGAAUAAAUUCCUGUUCCUAAAGGUAUUCAGGACAUCUACACCUGCUUGGGCUAAAAGUGAUGGCAAAAAAGACUUGAAAGAUGACCGGAGUGAUGAAGAAGAGGAAGACUCCCUCACCGAUGAUGAAGAGUGCACGAAGAAUGGCAGCAAGAACGGCUAUGGGUUGAGCAGACACCAACUCUUAAACAACAAUAAUUAGAUCCAAGCCUGCACCACCUCCUGCAGUGUUGCUUAACCCAACCUACAGUAUAGAGCUUAAAGUCAACAGGUUUAAGAAGUGUGUGAUUGAUUUAUUGCUGGUUACUAGACCUGGAAGAAAGCUCAUUUUAGAAAGGGGGCAGGGCACCGCUUAACAUGACUAAAUGUGUUAAUGACCCACUUUCUGAAUUACUGCAUACAAAUGUGUGAAAAACAUAUCUAGAAUCUGUAAAUCGCUCUUGAAAUGCUCAAGAAUUUCAAAACUGUCUCAGAACACUUAAAAUCUAAUGGAUUUAAUCAUAAUUUGAGUGGUGUUUCCAUAUAUUUUUAGAAGUCUAUAGCUGCUGUGAACCCCAUUAAAGAUCAGAAUUGCAAGAGAAAUCUAUAACACUGGGAUAUAUUAUCUAGCAUUUUACGCAUCCUCUUUGCGUUUCAGCCCUUAGCACUGGGCUGCUGCUUGUAAAUUAGAUCUAAUUCCCAUGUGGCUGGGGGCAGCUAGCAAGUAGGCUCUGGGGCUAUUAUUCAAGUUUAUUGUUUGUGCCUCCCUGACAUGCCUCCUUCACUUAAAGAAGCAAUUGUUAGAUUCUUGCUCAAAAAAAUCCAUUCUUUGAAAUGGCAGAUAAUCUCUUCAGAUAUCGCCCAUCUCAAGUCUUCUGUUUCAGGGGAAGGAUUUUCAAGAAAGUGGUGGCCAAAAAAAGAAAAAAAACCUCAUUCAUUAAUAGGGUUUGUAACAUUUUUGAGACUGGAUUACUGCAUUGAGUUCUGCAGGAGGCUACACUGUCGAACUACUCAGCAAUUACAGCUAGUCCAAGGUGCCAUGCCUACUCCGUCAUUGGAGUCUUGCACAAAAAGAGCAUUUGAGCUCUGAGCUUUCCAAUACUCUGGCUACCAACCAACUUCCAGACGAAGUUUCAGAGGUUAUUGACUUAUAAAGCCCUAAAUCAGUGGUUCUCAACUUUUGUAUUGGUGUCCCCUUUCGCACAGCAAGCCUCUGAGUGUGAC